UGCUCUUACACAGAAAUUAAUAUGGAUUCAUCUCUAAAGUUAUUUAGCCUUAUGACUUAUAUACCUCUUUUUUUCUUUGGCACCAUCCUCAAUAUUGUCGCCCUCUGGAUUUUUUGUUGCAAACUGCCAAAGUGGACAGAAACCACCGUGUUUCUGGUGAACCUGAUGGUAGCUGAUAUCUUGAUUGCAUUAAGCCAUCCUUUCAGAAUCUAUAGUUUCUUAUAUAAGUGGGACCUUGGUCCUGGGUUGUGUAGAACACUAACAAUGUUCUACUUUGUGAACACUUAUAUAAGCAUUUUCACAAUCGCAGCCAUUGCCUUUGAUCGGUACUUGGCCAUAAAUAAUCCACUGAAGUACAAAGGUUGUAUGUCCCCCAUGAAGGCCUGUAUUACAUGUGGUUUCUUUUGGAGUGUUUGUAUUGCUAUUGCCAUACUGAGGGUGCUGUACCUAAACAAGAAAGAAAACCCAGACACCUGUUUCAUCAAGGAGAACACAAAACCCAAUCAAAUGAGCCUAGCUUUGGCAGUGAUUGGAUUUUUUCUGCCGUUGGUAUUUAUCUGCUUUUGUUCUGGAAAGGUCCUGAAAUAUUUAUGUGUCAAAGUACCACUAGACUCCGAACAGCAGCAUGCCUUCAGGAAAGCAAUGCACAUUAUUACCUCUAAUUUGGCGAUUUUUGUGGUCUGUUUCUUGCCACUUCACACAGGAUACAUAGUACGUUAUGUCGCUGAAAUCAGCCACGCAUCUUGCCACACUCUUCAAUCAAUAAAGGACUUUAUCCAUGUGGCCACAAUCUUCGCUAAUGCUAACUGUGUUCUGGACACGGUAUGUUAUUACUUUGCAGCCACUGAAUUCCGAAAUUCUCUCGCUAAGCAAAAACACAUUUUUCCUAAGUGCAGCUCUUUCUGUUGUCCUAAAUGA